CGGGAUGAGGCCCAGGAUGCUCCGUGUGCUGUGCCUGUUGGCGGUGUUGGAGGCAGCGUGUCUGCGGCCCGCCGGCAUGCUGUUCCCCCGGGAGACCUCCUCCAGGGAGCGGAGGGAGCUGAGCGGCCUGUGGAGCUUCAGGGCAGACGCGUCCCGCAGCAGGAACGAGGGCUUCGACAGGGCAUGGUACAGACGACCGCUCUCAGAGACGGGCCCAGUGAUUGACAUGCCAGUUCCUGCCAGCUACAAUGACAUCACCCAGGACCCCACACUGAGAGACUUCAUCGGCUGGGUUUGGUAUGAGCGAGAGGUGGUGGUGCCUGCCCGCUGGAUCGCCGACGUAGGAACAAGAGUUGUUCUCAGAGUGGGAAGUGCUCACUAUUAUUCAGUAGUGUGGGUGAAUGGGGUUAAGGUGAUGGAGCACAAUGGUGGCCAUCUUCCUUUUGAGGCUGAGAUAGGCGAUUUAAUCCGCAACUACACAACUCAGCCGUGCAGGAUCACCGUCGCUGUCAACAACACUCUGACUCAGGAAACUCUACCACCAGGAAGCAUCCGGCACAUGGACGACCGCACCAGGUAUCCUGAUGGAUAUUUUGUGCAAAACAUCUUCUUUGAUUUCUUCAACUAUGCUGGCAUACAUCGCCCUGUAUUGCUGUACACUACUCCUCAGGCUUAUGUGGAUGACAUCACCGUGGUGACUGACUUCUUGGAUAACACUGGUUUUGUCAAAUACAAGGUAUCAGUCCAAGGUGCCACCUCAUCCACCCUGAACGUCACUUUAAUGGACAAAGAUGGCCACUGUGUUGCCUUCUCCAGCAAACCAUCUGGAGUCCUCAAAGUAACGGAUGUCAAAUUGUGGUGGCCGUACUUGAUGCAUGACAACCCAGGUUACCUUUACUCUUUGGAGGUUCGCUUAAUGGCAGCCGAUGAGAAAUCGGAGUGCGAGGACGUGUAUACUCUACCAGUUGGCAUCCGCACAGUCAACGUCACCAGCACCCAGUUCCUCAUCAACAACAAGCCCUUCUAUUUCCAUGGAGUCAAUAAACACGAGGACUCUGAUAUUCGAGGUAAAGGCUUGGACUGGCCCCUCAUUGUCAAGGACUUCAACUUAUUGAAAUGGUUGGGGGCCAACUCGUUCCGUACCAGCCACUACCCCUAUGCAGAGGAGAUCAUGCAGAUGUGCGACCGCCACGGCAUCGUGGUGAUAGAUGAGGCCCCGGGCGUUGGCAUCAAAGACAUUCGCAAUUUUGGAAACGCCUCCCUGACCCAUCACCUGGCUGUCAUGGACGAGCUUGUACGUCGGGACAAGAACCACGCCUCUGUGGUCAUGUGGUCUGUAGCCAAUGAGCCGGCUGCAGAGAUGUCCCCUGCUGAGUUCUAUUUCAAGACCUUGAUAAAACAUACCAAAGAUCUGGAUCCAACCAGGCCCGUCACUUAUAUCACAUCCAGUAACUUUGCCAGGGAUAAGGGGGCUCCCUAUGUGGAUGUCAUCUGCGUAAACAGUUACUUCUCCUGGUACAAUGACCCAGGCCACCUAGAGGUCAUCCCCAUCCAGCUCAACACUCAGUUUGAGAACUGGUAUGGAAAGUACAAGAAACCCAUCAUCCAGACAGAGUAUGGAGCCGAUGCGGUGCCGGGGCUUCACAAUGAUCCCCCCGUGAUGUUUACUGAAGAGUACCAGAAAAUGCUCCUGAAGAGCUACCACAAAGUGUUCGACCAGAAGAGGAAGCAGUAUGUCAUCGGUGAACUCAUCUGGAACUUUGCAGACUUCAUGACUUCUCAAGGGCUCAUCCGUGUGGUGGGCAACAAGAAGGGUAUCUUCGACAGGCAGAGGCAGCCCAAAGCAGCAGCCUUUCUCCUGAGGGAGAGGUACUGGAGACUGGCCAAUGAAACAGGCAGACUACCUCCCUGGACCAAGUACCCUUGCUCACUCUGACCUCCUCCAGUUGGUUUAACCCGCUCCAGGACGGACAUCGAUCCCAUGUAAACUAUAUGCCCUAUGGAAAACCUGCUGGUAAAAUUCAGUUUGUUUUCUUGAGGCAGUUUAGUUAAAGCGCAUAUAAAGCACUUCAUUCAUUUGCACAUCAAAACCAUUCUGAUUCACGCAAACGAUCAAACCACCUUUAUUCAGCUAUGCUUCUCUUAUGUUCCGCAGUUAUGAACUAAACCACCAACACUAUAGAACAUUUCUCCCAUCAAUCUGGGAUAUUUGCUUCUGAUAUUUGAAUCAUUAUAAAAUUCACGUUUUAUAAUGUUAAAUAUGUUGUGGUUUCUUUGGGAUACCCAUGACUGACUGAUUUUCUGAUACAUAAACAUAUGUGUGGCAGUGCUUUCCACUGCUAUCUUAAAAAGGUCAUGGUCAAACUCCUUAAUCACUGAUUAGCUUCGACCUUUCUUCCAGUCAGGUGAUAUGAGUUCACCCGGCAGAGAAAGAACAUCAUAUGGCAAACCGUAAUGGAAGGGAGCUUCCACACUGUCUCAGUCCUCAAUUUUCCCUUUUACCAUGUGUCUGGGGACACAUUUUAUUAGAUAAAUGCAUUAAAUAGUGUUUUAGUAGUUUGAUAUAACAACUUUGUUGGAACCUGCUAUCAUUUCUGAGCAUGUUUUAGUUAAGUGCUUAAUACAUGUAAUUUAAAUGUGAAUUGCAAUGCUGAAUCCAAUCAUUUUAUUUUUAUAUGUGAAAAUCAAAAGCUAAAUGUUUAUAUGAAUCAAGCCAUUAAAGACAAAACAUGUACUCGA